AUGGCGCGGCACUUCGCGGCGGCGGGGGCGGGGGCGGGGGCGGUGCAGCGGUACUACUGCGGCGGCGCGUGCGACGGGCGGGACGACGGCGCGGUGCAGGCGAUGCUGCAGUGCCAGCGGGUGAGCGACUUCCUCAUCGCGGCCUCCUACCUCUCCAUCCCGCUCGAGCUGCUCUACUUCGCCUCCUGCGCCGACCUCGCGCCGCUCAAGUGGCUGCUGCUGCAGCUGGCCGCCUUCGCCGUGCUCGGCGGCGCCACCCACCUGCUCGCCGUCUUCUCCCUCGCCCACCCGCACUCCUCGGGCCUCCUCCUCGCCUCCACCGCCGCCAAGCUCCUCGCCGCGCUCGUCUCCUUCGCCACCGCCGUCUCCCUCGUCGCGCUCAUCCCGCGCCUCAUCCGCGCCAAGCUCCGGGAGGCGUUCCUGCGGGCCAAGGCGCGCCAGCUCGACCGCGACCUCGGCCUCAUCCGCCGCCGCGUCGAGGCCACCUCCCGCGUCGUCCGCAUGCUCACCCACCGCAUCCGCAGCUCCCCGCUCGACGCGCACUCCAUCCUCCACACCACCAUGCUCCACCUCGCCGACGCCCUCGAGCUCCACAGCUGCGCCGUCUGGAUGCCCGGCCGCGACGCCGGCGACGACCUCCACCUGGUGCACCAGCUCAGCCUCAGGGGCAAGGGCCCCGUCCGCGUCGUGCUCGGCUCGCAGGCUCCCAUCUCCCCGGGUGACCCGGACGUGAUCGACGUAAUGGCAAGCGAGGCCGCCAAGGUGCUCAGGCCAGGCUCGGAGCUCGCGACGGCGAGCAGCGGCGAGCUCCAGCCGCCGGGUGCCGUGGCUGCCAUACGGAUCCCCAUGCUCGAGGUCUCCAACUUCGACGGAGGAAAGACACCGGUGGCGAGCUCAUAUGCCAUACUGGUGUUGGCUCUUCGCAGCAAGGCAUCAGGCUCCGGUUCCAGAGAGUGGAGCGGCCAUGACCUGGAGGUUGUGCAGGUUAUCGCCGACCAGGUCGCCGUGGCGCUCUCUCACGCGGCGGUCCUAGAGGAGUGGCAGGCCAUGAGCGACAGGCUUGCCGAGCAGAACAGGGCCUUGCUGCACGCCAAGCAGGACGCGAUGAUGGCGACCGAGGGCAUCAACAGCAUCCAGAGCGCCAUGUGCGACGGCAUGCGAAGGCCGAUGUACUCCAUCAUCGGCCUGCUCUCCAUGGUGCGGCAGGCGGAGGACAUGCGCCCCGAGCAGAGGCUCGUGGCCGACGCCAUUGCCAGGACGAGCACCCUGUCGCUGGCACUGAUGAACGACGUCGACACGGAGACGUUGACGGUGAACCGCAUGCCGUUCGACCUGCGCUCCUUGAUGAGGGAGGCCAUGAGCGUCGCCGGGUGCCUGGCCAGCUGCGGCGGGGCUGGUUUCUCGUACCAGCUGGAGAACGCCUUGCCUGAGUGGGUCGUUGGCGACGAGACGAGGGUCUUCCAUCACCUGCUGCAAAUGGCGGGUGAUGUGCUCGGUCAGCGGCGCGAUGGAGCAGGGCGUCUCUCAUUCUCCAUCAAGAGCUGCAGUGCGGACCAAAAGGAUUGCAUCCCGGUGUGCCCAAAUCUGUCUGCAGGUUGUAGCAUAUGCGUUGAGUUUCAGGUUGCCAUGGAAAGAUCAACUGGAUGCAGCCAGCCACCCAGCAGCCCGGCCAGCUCUCAGAUCAACAUGUGCAAGAAGAUUGUGCAGAUGAUGAACGGUACCAUGCGGUCGGCAUCGGAUGGCGAAAGCAUCACCCUCAUCCUGCACUUCCAGCUGCAGCAAUCACGCGUGUGCCGAAGAACGUCGUCGUCCAUCCCUCACUUCAACGGCCUGAGGAUCCUGCUCACAGAUGGCGACGGCAUGAGCCGGGCGGUGACCCAGAAGCUCCUCGAGCAGCUCGGCUGCCAGGUCAUAUCGGUGUCGUCAGGCGCCCAUUGCCUGGCCUUGCUGGGGAGCGCCGGCUCCUCCUUCCAGCUCCUCCUCCUGGACCUUGACAUGGAUGCAUUUGAGGUGGCACUCCAGAUCAGGGGGCUCAAGAACAGGCGCUGGCUCCUUAUAGUUGCUGCUCUCGCCGUGACCGUCGACGACAACAUCCGUGAGAUGUGCCGCCACUCGGGGAUAAACGGCCUGAUCCAGAAACCCCUUACACUGACGGCGCUGGGAGCUCAGCUCCACAGAGUCCUUCGGAACUGA